AUACAUAUGAAAUGGGGUAGAUGUGGUCGGGACUGGUUAGAAUAGCUAAGGAAGGAGGGAUCGUUGUGUUUGAAACAUAUGUGUUCUGGAAUGGCCAUGAACUUUCUCCAGGCAAUUAUUACUUUGGGGGACGGUACGAUCUUCUCAAGUUUGUGAAGAUUGUUCAGCAGGCUGGGAUGUAUUUGAUUCUUUGUAUUGGUCCAUUUGUUGCAGCAGAAUGGAAUUUCGGUGGGGUUCCUGUUUGGUUGCAUUAG